GCUCAUUCGAAAUACUGCUGCCCAUGUUAAAGGAAAUAAAUUUCACAUCGAUGCUGACAGGAUGUUGUCAUGCUGUUGUUCAAAUUUGACGUGUCCGUGGAAACAAGUGAUAAGAACGGAUGAAUUCCGCCAAGAGACGGUGGACGGGCGUGAAUUGUACACGGAAGACAGCGCCCAAACUCUUGAAAGUACGAGGAUGGAUAUUGCGCUUCUAAAAGAGCAAUAUAACUGGAUUAAGGAGAAACAAAGACAGGAGACCCGCGUCGUUGUAUUCAAGAAAGCAUCAACCAAUGAAGAGAUCAUUGGAAAAUCUCCUGUCAGUGUGGUUCCCAUGCACCAAGAGAUGAGGAGGAGGCCACUCCAAAGGCAGCUGUCCAUGCAAGAAGCCCAGUCUGACAUUUUCCAGGAUCAAGGCAAUUCCCUGUGGCGUACACACCUAGGGCUCCACAGAAACGGCUGCACAGCCUCAUAUCAUAACCAGGAUCCUAUUGCAAUUCAAAGCAAUCUGUUUAGGGACUCCUCUUUGGAGAGCACCGAAUCAAGUGAGAAACUGACCAGCGACCCUGAGGAACUAGAGGGCUCUGUGAGCCUGGGGAGUAGCACCAGCGGACAGGAGGCCGAGGACGGCAAACCCACCAGACAAUUCUCCGCGCCGUCUGUUUUGUCCAGACGGUCAAGCCUGAUCAGAAGCCGUCCCGCUCAAGCCCCCUCCACUGCUCGCCACUACCCGUUCCCUCAGCUCAAGUGCCCAAGGAAGUCCGAGGCCGCACGGAGACUUGGAAUGUACGCAUCAUUUUAGCCACAAGUUGGAGAGCACUUUAAGCCUGUACAUCAGAAAUGGCAUGCCAUGAAACAGAAUGGCAAAAUGCUUUUCUAUACAAUAAAAUAAAUAUCUCCCCGCAGCACCACUGAAAUUGUGAGUAUUUUCUUUUUUACUCUCGUGUCUUAUGGUCCGUGUGUAAUGAAUGGCAUUGUGCACGAGGCCUAGAGACACUAAUUAGUUAUUUAUGAACAUUUCUUUAACCUAUGUUAAUGUAGCAUACAUCUCAGCAACAGUUAGUGUUCCAAACCUCAAUUCUUUGUUCUUUGGAAGAUUACAAGAAGCACCAAGGAUAUUCAAAGGAAAAUGAAGGAAGAGGAAUAUUAAGAUGCAAAAUAAUAUUUUGUGCAAUGUCUACAAUGUUUUGUUGUUGUAUUUUGUUUUACAGACAACUUAGUACUACAUUUCUGUGAACUUUCAAGAUAUUUUGGUUGAUCUAUCCAACAUCUCCCUCUAGUGGGCAAAGCAUAACCACCGUCACUCAGCAGAAUGUGAUGAAAUACAUAUCCAUUGUAUGUUUAUGCUAACAGUAAUUCUGUUCUAAUUGGAACUGACUUGAAUGUGCACCAUCAAGUUUCAAUAUAUGACCUUUGUAUGAAUAUACUGGAGGGUUAGUUGUUUUUAUCAGUCAUUGCCAGAACAGUUUCAUCCAUUGUGGCUACAUACUGUAUGCUCUUGCAUAAGGACAUUUCUACCAUUAAAGACAUAGUGUUUAGUGGUGAUUCAUUUAAAUAUAGUAAAACCCAUAUUAAAUCCUCAAUAGGCUCAAAUUUAGUUGCAGACUCAAAGCUUACUAAGUGUGUGUGUGUGUGUGUGUGUGUGUGUGUGUGUGUGUGUGUGUGUGUGUGUGUGUCUCUGUGUGUGUGGAGAGUACUUGUAUAUCAUUGUAAAUAACUGCCCUACAUUGUAUGAUUUUAUACUCUUUACUUGGCUAUGAAAGGAACAGACUGCUAUAGUGUUCAGUGAUGUAAGUGUUUUAGAGUUCAAAUAUUCAUUAAUUCCAUAUUAACCCAAAAAGAGAUUCAUUUUCACUCUUUACUUUCUGUUUAGUGCACCAGUGAUGAAAAUAAA